AUGUCUCCCUCCACCAGAUCUGGAAGAACUUACUCGGAAACUCCUUCCAUAACUAGCAGCCGACGAUCCAGUACGACCAGGAGCGUCCGUGGAAGAAAACCCCGAAGCACCGCGCAAGUCGACGCCGACCCCAUUGGGGGCGGACAAGAUCAACCCACCGCCGAAGGACUUAAUCCCUCCUCAAUCAAAGAAAAACGAACCAGCGUCGAAACCAACCUCGCCGGAACCUCUCAAAUUAAUAACCAAGAAAAAAGCCGUAUCAACGACUCCCAAGAGGACGACGAAGGAAAACACCGCAAAGCCAUCGGCAUUAUUCGUCCCAGCAAAACCACCGACGAAGCUCAUCCCAACCCAACCAUCAUCAGAAAAGGCCAGGAAGAGACAAGCUAUCUCGGUAGUGAUACCGAUGUCAACCCCAUCAAGACGCCCAGCGCCGUCUAUCGCAGACCCGCCGAGAACGACCCAACUACCGGUGCCCAACCACCCUCAAGCGCCAAUCCCCAAGACCAAUCCAUCCCAAUCGUCGGACGCAAUGGACAACUGAAUGCGGUCGAAGACCAAGCCUGCAGGAUUUAUCGACAACAGUAUCACAUGUACGAGACCGCCAAGAAAGCGAAUCAACACGCGGACGCCACACGAGCGCUGACCGAGUGCCAACGCUCUUACCGCAACAUAUCGAAAAAGCUAACCUGGCAGUUCGCUCUGUCGGUCAACAACGGUUGGAACCCGUUCAAAGAAGCGAAGUCGGCCAAGCUCCUAGCGAAACUAGAGGGCCGCUCGCAACCAACGGCCAGCGGAUCUCGACCCUCCGGGAGCUACACCUCCUCCAGCAACCAACGCGGGAAAAGACCAGCCGAGACGGACCUCAACAAGCUCGGCAAGAUACCGAAACUCGACACCUCGUGGCGAGAAACGAUGGCGGCGGCCAGAGCCUUGCAACAGGCCAGAGCCCAAGUAUUAGAAGAGUUGCACAAAGAGGAGGAAGCCUCCAAGCGCCGCAAGAAAGAUUAG